AUGACAGAGGUGGAUGAGCUUCCCACGAGGUGGGAGGUAGAGCUUGAGUUUGUUCAGUCUCUUGCCAAUAUCCAAUAUGUCAACUGGUUAGCCCAAAACGACUACUUGUCCGACCCAGCAUUCGUCAACUACCUCAAAUACUUGAACUACUGGAAAGACGCUAAGUAUGCAAAGUACGUGGUCUAUCCAAACUGUCUCCAUAUCUUAACCCUAUUGCAGAGCGAGGAAUUCCGCAAGAGCAUAGUCAACCCCGAACUUAUUAACAGUUUGAUGAACGACAUGGUCAAGAGGUGGCAGAGUGCCGAAGAGCCUAUCGACCUGCUUGAGGAAAGGAAGGAGGAAGAGGAGAAGAAGCUGUCACCACAGAAGGUUUAUCCGAGAGAUCUGUCUACUGAGACACCUUCGAUUCAAGUAGAUGAGCCAUAG